AUGGUCCACCUGCGGGCGUCCGAAGUGCGGCAGCUGCUGCACAACAAGUUCGUGGUGGUCCGGGACUCGAUCCAGCGGGCCGUGUACAAGGACCUGGUGCUCCUGCUGCAGAAGGACUGCCUGCUGUCCCCCAGGCAGCUGAAGAGCAAGGGCGAGCUGAGCUUCGAGCGCGACGUGCUGCUGGAGGGCGGCAGGUGGGGCCGCAUGCACAAUGGCACCCACUACCGCGAGGUGCGCCAGUUCUGCUCGGGCCACCACCUGGUGCGCUUCUACUUCCUCACGCGCGCCUACUCGCGGUACACCCACGAGGUCCUGGAGGAGCUGCGGCGGGGCCCCCACGCCCCGGACGUGGUCGUCAUCAACUCCUGCCUCUGGGACCUGUCCAGGUACGGUCGCAACUUCCGAAGGUGCUACUCCGAGGACCUGGACAGCCUGUUCCGGCGCCUGGGUCAGGUGCUACCGGAGUCCUGCUUGCUGGUGUGGAACACGGCCAUGCCAGUGGCCGAGAUUGUCUCCGGGGGCUUCCUCCGGCCCGCACGCCGGGCCUGCCCCGCGCACCUGCGGGAAGAUGUGAUGGAGGCCAACUUCUACAGCUCGGUGGCGGCGGCCAGGCACGGCUUCGACGUGCUGGACCUCCAUUUCCACUUCCGCCACGCGGGGCAGCACCGGCAGCGGGAUGGCGUGCACUGGGAUGAGCGCGCGCACCGCCACCUCACCCAGCUGCUGCUGGCCCACAUGGCGGACGCCUGGGGCGUGGCCCUCCCGGGCCGCGAGCGGGUGAGCAGGUGGAUCAGGGAUGCCUCGGCCAGCAGACGUCCAGGCCCGACAGGUAGGAGGCAUCCCCGAGAUAGCCGAGGUGACCCACGCACUGGCCGGUGCCAUCGCUCCUCUAGGCGAUCUUCUGUGCCUUUUCAUCAGCCUCGGCGCCAACCACACUUCGGGGACUCCUCAAGGCGCCGAGUCCAGUACACCAGGGAGGCCAACUCGACGUCAGUCCGCGAGCCCAGGCUGGGCCCCAUCCGCAGAGACUCCACCCGGCACCGAGAGAGGGGUCUCCCCCUUACCCUCUCCGGCGCCCCAGUGAGCCACACAGACGCCAUCAAAGAUGCGCGCACAGACGGAUGCACGACCGUCGAGAGACGAGGCCUUAGUAGCCAGAACCGGGCUCCUUUGCCCUCAGAGUCCCAUGGCUGCCUGACUCUCCCUGGGCGUGGCCUUCAGCACCUUGGGAAUACUAAAAACGUGCCAUACUCACACCGGGGAGCAACCUCACAGAUUUUCUUGUUGCUAGAACUGCCACACCACUUCUUGGGGAGGAUGCCCAGACCCGAAACACCUCACCAGGCUCUUCGUAGCAUCGAUGCAGAAAUGAAUUACCCAUGCAGAAGUGCUCCUCUCAUUAAAAAAAGGAAAAAAUAA